UUUCAAUCCGAAAAAAAUCCUCCAGUUUUCGAGCGCCACUCUGACGAUACAUAACAUACCUACAUGCACCUAUGCAUAAAUUCUAGCCAUGUCGCUGGAAGUUAUCCUACCCCAAUUACCACAGCCCUUGGUAGAGCUGCAAUUUGAAUAUGCACAUGAAGCAUCUCCUCAAGAUGCUUAUGUGUCGUCUCUAGAACAUGCCGACAAAAUCCUGGCUACACUUAACAACGGUCGUCAGCAGCCACCUGAGGAUGCGAAUAAAGCAUCGCCACUGACGAUCAAACAAAUUCUUGUCCAGCUUGACGGAGUGUUUCCAAUGGAUGAAGCCGUGGUUGAAGCUCUUCCAGUUGGGAGUACAUUCGUGUCCGUUGAGCAGUUUGGUACCAGCGCUUGGACCAUCACUGGACGGCUUACAGCCUUGGAGCGUGAUGGAUCUGAGAAGGCGUAUUUUGUAAAGGUUGCAUAUGGCGAGACGGGCCGCAUCAUGCUUCACGGUGAAUUCGAGUCAUCCAAGGUAAUAUACAGCACCAUGUCGGAUUUCAUUCCAGAACCAUUUGGGUUUGGUAAGUACAAGGUUCAGAGUCCGCCAACGUACUUUUAUCUCUCCGAAUUUAUCGACAUGGACGUCACAACGGCCCCGGAUCCGGGAGAUUUUUGUCAUAAACUUGCUACUCUACACAAGUUGAGCAAGUCUCCAACUGGCAAGUUUGGGUUCCACACCCAGACUUGUGACGGUGACAGGGCUCACGUGGUUGACUGGCAAGACAGCUGGGCGGUGUUUUACAGGAAAUUAUUCCUUGGUGUCUGUGAACUCGACAUAAAGCGAAAUGGCCCGUGGCCAGAAUACGAACGAGCCAUCCAACAGGUGGCUUGGAAAAUCAUCCCUCGACUACUUGAACCUCUUCAGUCAGAUGGGCGUCAGAUCAAGCCAUGUAUUAUCCAUGGCGACCUCUGGGAAGGCAACAUGGGGAUAAAGAUGGAGACUGGAGAAACCACCCUAUUUGAUGCAGGUUCGUACUUUGCUCACAAUGAAAUGGAGCUGGGUCACUGGCGGUGCGAAUUCACCUCCGUUUUCAGGGCCAAGGUGUAUACGAAGUAUUACCUGAGAAACUAUCCUGCUGCGGAACCAGUUGACGAGUUUGAGGACCGCAAUCGGCUUUACAGUCUCAAGGGCGCUAUCAACUACGCCGCUGGACAUCCAGGGAGCGUUCUGAGGAAGACUGCCUAUAAUAACAUGUGCUAUUUGUGCGAGAAAUACGCUCCUAUUGGUGGGAUUGACAAGUACGAUCCUCACAUCGAUCCGUCAAUCACAGGAGCUCGCAUUAUCCCCCAUGUUGAUGAUGGUUUGAUUUAAUUUUGAUUAAAGGAGUGGCGUUGGAUAAGAGCGGGUGUGCUUGCUGGUUGGCUGGAUAGAUCAUCCGCGCUUGGAUACAAGUAGUGCGGGAUGAUGCAUGUGGUUGAUAGUGCUCGUACAUCGUUAGGUCUCGAUGAAUUAUGAAAACCAACUUCCCCAGC